UGAAGUAAAUAGGAAAGGUACGGUAGAAGUCCAAAAGUUGGAUUUCUAUUCUACCUCAAGUUAUUAAAAAUUCGAAUAACAUAGAAAAUAAAAAUGGACGGUGCCGGUGAUAGGGCUGAAUUACAUCCGUCUAAUGUAGCUUUAAUUAGGGAAGUAUACGAUAGUGACAAUGCUCAAGAAACUUUUGAAAUGGAGUUAGAAAGAGCGCUAGAUGCAAAUUGUAUGGCAAUUAUUAUAGAACCAAUGAAAUUAGGAGAUGAAACUGCUCGUUGGAUAACAGUAGGAAAUUGUCUACAUAAAACUGCCGUUGUUUCAGGAUUAAGUUCAAUAUUUACAGGAUUAAUAUGGCAAGAAAUACCAGCAAUUUAUAUACCACUUGGAGCACUAUCAACAAUAUGUACAAGUUUAUAUACAAUCGGAUGGCAAUUUGAUCCAUGUGUUAAUUAUCAAGUAGAAACCGAUUCACGUACAUUAGCACGUAUGCCAAUAUUAACAAUGUUAACAGCGAAUACACCAAUUGUUAUUGUACGAAAGAAUCAAACAAAAAGACUGUAUUUACAUUGUGGCGUAACGCUAACAACGAUUGCAUUUUGUGCAUGGCGAUUAUAUAAAAUAUUAAAAUGAUCUCGUGCAUAUAAAUUACAUCAAUUUUGCUAAGUGCAAUAAAAAUAUUGAAUAUUUUACAUAUUCAUUUUAUGUAUGUAAAAUAUUCUUUAGUUUGAAUUAUUUUCAAUAGUUUAUUAUACCAUUUCACGUAUAUCAUUCUAGAAGUCUAGAGAGUAGACACAAAAAGGCAUUUGAACGAAUAACUAUUUAAAUUGGAAAAUUCUCAAUUUGAAUGCACAGAGCAGUUAAAACUUCCAAAAACAAAAAUCAACGAGAGGAGUACGAUCAUUUAUUAUUUUACAGAAAAUAUUUAAGGAACAAAUAUGUUCAAAACGAAUAGGGAAUAUUCAUGAAAUUUAAAUUUGGUUCAAAUAUUUUUCUUCCGUAACUU